AUGUGGCCCAAUCUCGACCACUCUCCUCUUUCUUCCCCGGCACCGGCAGCACACACGCGCCAAUAUGGAUCAACCGGCGGCAGCGCCUGGACCGGCGAGAGCGAGCGCCCGGUGGCGCCGCAGGCAACCAAAACAACCCCUACUAGCACAGGCCACGUGCGUGUGCUCUCCAUCGACAGGGACGCAGACGGCGGGGCGCUGGUAGCGCGUGUUGGUGCGGCUCGAGUGCCGCCUCCAGGAGCUCUCUGGCGACCCCACGUCGCCGACUACUUUGACCGCGCCGCCGGGUCCGGCGCCGGUGGGUUCCUCGCGGCCGCGCUCUUCACGUCAUGCAUGCCCGUCGAGGACGUGCGAGACCUCAUGGCCAAGAACCAGAAGCUCUUCUCCGGUUGCCAUUGCGGCAGCGAAGGGCUGUUCCGGGCUCGCCCCGAGGCAUGCUACGACGUGGCCACGGCGGCGCCCUUCGUCUUCUCCCGCGACGAUGCCGUGGAGGUUGACGCCUUCGACUUCCUGCUGUGGAAGGUCUGCGCCGGUGGCGUGCGGCGUGGGCCCCGCCGAGAGGGCGUCCCUUGACGGCCGCACCAGGCUGUGCGCCAAACUCCGCCCUGUGCCACAUCAUCAGCCCCGUCAGCACUUACAGGUGGGCCGGACUUGUCAGUUUGGGUGUUAAGAGAGGCCUAAGGCAAUUAGGCCACACCGUUGUGGUUUUCGGAUAAAAUUUCCAGAAGUUGUGGUUAAGUGAUAAGAGGGACGUGACAGUUGUGGUUUUGUGAUAUUUUCUCACAACUUCACAGUGUCUCUCCUCUGCUGGCAACUGAGGCGGUCUGACUGACAGAAACGAUAUGCUACUGUUGAGUGUCAAGUAAAUCAUCUUCAAAUUAGGUAAAUGGAGAGAUCCUGUUAUAUACACAUCCUUAUUGUAUCACACACAAGUUGUCCUGAAUACUUCCACU